UGUAUCUGCCACGAGGAAAGGUCCCUGCAACUUAUCGCACACCCAUACUCAUGUUAAGCCAGGUGCUCUAACCUAGGUGUUUUUUUUUUCUCCAUCUCGUUGUUCAUUGCGUUUAUAAUUCGUUUCCAAUCUGGACACAUUGCGGGUAACUGGAGAAUCAUCAUGUCUCUUUUCUCUAGGAACGGAGAAAGCACACACUGCGCCGCGUAUUUCCAACACAAAGUUCGGAGCCCGAGUACGGGUAGGUGAUGUAAGGUGGAAGGGAGGGCGCACUGCCCACUGUCGGUCGUGACGCCGCUCGCACUGAGCUGACAACGACAGGGCGCUGCAGCCCGGCGCUCCUCGCCCUCGCAGUAAACAGCGGCCGAGCUGGAAUACCGUGCCCUAUUCGCAAUUCGCUUGCUUUCAGUUUACGAACGCGUUAGCUGACGUUAUCACGUCUCAUCAACCCCGUGUGGGGACGCAGCCGUCACUUUGAAUCGGGCUCGGUGAUUCUUUUCCUAUUUGGCCGUUGAGGUCUGUCAUCGAAAAGCGUCCUCGUUAUUCUUGAAAGCGUAUCUGGAGAUUUGAGUGAGCGGAGGCCCGGGAGCCGGGAGCCGGGAGCCGAGGGAGUGGCGCCCUGCCUGCCGGUGCGAAGCCCCGCACUGCUCCCGAUGAUGCUGCGGUUCUCUCGGCUCGGCUAGGUCGCCCGUCGAUAGUCGCUGAGAUUUACCCUGCGCGCAUCCUAUCUCCUCUCUGCGUGUCUCUUUUUGUUGCUGCGGCUGCCGGCGAUGUGGGUCAAGCCCGAGGAGGUCGUGCUGGCCAACGCGCUGUGGGUGACGGAGAGAGCUAAUCCGUACUUCGUGCUGCAGAGGAGGAAAGGGCACGGAGAAGGGGGAGGAGGGCUGGCCGGUUUGCUUGUGGGGACACUUGAUGUCGUAUUGGACUCGAGUGCUCGAGUUGCACCAUAUAGAAUCCUUUAUCAGACUCCUGAAUCCCUAGUAUAUUGGACAAUUGCAUGUGGUAGUUCAAGGAAGGAAAUAACUGAACAUUGGGAAUGGAUGGAACAUAAUCUAUUACAGACACUUUCAAUCUUUGAGAAUGAAAAUGACAUCACUACAUUUGUUAAGGGUAAAAUACAGGGUAUAAUUGCAGAAUAUAAUAAAAAUAAUGAUGUAAAGGAGGACGACGACACAGAUAAGUUUAAGGAAGCUAUUUUGAAGUUUCGUAAACUCUUUGGGAUGCCAGAGGAGGAAAAACUGGUUAACUACUAUUCUUGCAGUUAUUGGAAAGGUCGGGUUCCACGGCAGGGAUGGAUGUAUCUGAGCAUCAACCAUCUCUGCUUUUACUCAUUCUUGCUGGGCAAAGAAGCCAAGUUAGUGAUCCGAUGGGCAGACGUUAUCCAGCUAGAGAAGAAUGCCACACUGCUCUUUCCUGAAAUGAUCAAAGUGAGCACAAGAUGUAGUGAGCAUAUUUUCUCAGUCUUCCUCAAUAUUGGUGAAACCUUUAAACUAAUGGAGCAACUAGCCAACAUUGCUAUGAGGCAGCUUCUGGAUAAUGAAGGCUUUGAAGAAGAUAGAUCACUUCCAAAACUAAAGAAGAAGUCUCCUCAAAAAGUUUCUGUUUUAAAACGGGAUCUUGAUGCCAGGGCAAAAAGUGAACGGUACAGGUCUCUUUUCCGGCUUCCUAAAGAUGAGCGUCUGGAUGGACACACAGACUGCACCCUUUGGACACCAUUCAGUAAAAUGCAUGUUGUGGGUCAGAUGUUUGUUUCUAAUAAUUACAUCUGCUUCACCAGUAAAGAAGAAAACCUCUGCAGUCUUAUUAUUCCUCUAAGAGAGGUCACAAUUGUGGAAAAAGCGGACAGCUCAAGCGUACUUCCAAGUCCGUUAUCUAUCAGCACAAAGAACAGGAUGACUUUCUUUUUUGCCAAUCUCAAAGAUCGAGAUUUCUUGGUUCAAAGAAUUUCUGACUUCCUGCAGCAAACAACAUCAAAAAUAUAUUCUGACAAAGAAAUGACCGGAAGUCUCAACUCUGAUGAAGAGAUAUUUUCAAGACAAAGCAGUAUUGUUUCCAGUAGCCCACAGAGAAGUCUCAGUUUCACCUCAGAUACAAAUGAAGAACGGCAAUUCAUUCUGAAUGGAAAUAGUACACCAAUAGCGACACAGACACUAAUGACAAUGUAUCGUCGAAAAUCGCCUGAAGAAUUCAAUCCUAAAGUGGCAAAGGAACUAAUGAAAGAGCAGAGUUGGAAAAAUCAUUUUGCUGAAUACGGACGUGGAGUGUGUAUGUAUCGCACAGAGAUGACACAGGAACUUGUCCUGAAGGGCAUUCCAGAAAGCAUGAGAGGAGAACUUUGGCUAUUAUUCUCAGGUGCCAUUAAUGAGAUGGCCACACAUCCUGGGUAUUACUCUGAUUUGGUGGAGAAAUCCAUUGGGAAAUAUAACCUAGCCACGGAAGAAAUAGAGCGGGACUUGCACCGCUCCCUUCCUGAGCAUCCAGCGUUCCAGAAUGAAAUGGGAAUUGGUGCUUUGCGGAGAGUACUCACUGCCUAUGCUUUUCGAAAUCCCAAUAUUGGAUAUUGCCAGGCAAUGAACAUUGUCACUUCAGUUUUGCUGCUAUAUGCAAAAGAGGAGGAAGCCUUCUGGUUGUUGGUAGCACUCUGUGAACGAAUGUUGCCAGACUACUAUAACACUAGAGUGGUUGGUGCAUUAGUGGACCAAGGUGUGUUUGAGGAGCUUACUAGGGAUUAUGUACCACAGCUUUAUGACUGUAUGCAGUACUUGGGUGUUAUCUCCACGAUCUCACUGUCCUGGUUCCUCACUCUAUUCCUUAGUGUAAUGCCUUUUGAAAGUGCUGUUGUGGUUGUGGACUGCUUCUUCUUUGAAGGAAUCAAAGUAAUCUUCCAACUUGCUCUUGCUGUGCUGGAUGCUAAUAUUGAAAAGCUUUUGAAUUGUAAAGAUGAUGGAGAAGCCAUGACUAUACUUGGAAAGUAUUUGGACAGUGUGACAAACAAGGACAGUACAUUACCACCCAUCCCUCAUCUUCAUUCUCUUCUCAGUGAUGAUGGGGAUCCUUACCCGGAGGUUGAUAUCUUCAAGCUUAUAAGGAGUUCAUAUGCUAAAUUUGGCAGUAUUAGAGCAGAUGUGAUCGAACAAAUGCGGUUUAAGCAGAGACUGCGAGUCAUUCAGACACUUGAAGAUACAACAAAGCGUAAUGUAGUUCGAGCUAUUGUGACAGAUACUGCAUUCACUAUAGAUGAACUAGAGGAACUCUACGUUCUUUUUAAGGCUGAGCAUCUAACAAGUUGUUAUUGGGGUGGAAACAGUAAUGCCACAGAUCGCCAUGAUCCUAGUCUGCCUUAUCUUGAACAGUACCGUAUAGACUUCGAACAAUUCAAAGGAUUGUUUGUACUACUCUUCCCCUGGUCAUCUGGUGCACAUUCAGAUAUACUGGCUAGGCGCUUAUUUCGACUACUAGAUGAGAAUGGAGACUCUUUAAUAAACUUCAAAGAAUUUGUCACAGGAUUAAGUACAAUGUGUCAUGCAGAUCUUGUAGAAAAAUUGAAACUGCUAUAUAAAGUACAUGUGCUUCCUGAACCAUCUUUCAAUGAACAAGAGGACCCUGAUUCGGCAUUUGAAGCUACACAGUACUUCUUCGAAGAUGUAACGCCUGACACUGUUCAUGUUACAGAAAUUCAGUCAAGAACAAAAAAUGAAACAGAAGACGGCUUUGUCACUGUAAACCUGAAGAAUGAGAAAGUGGAAAAGCAACAAAAUCCACGUGAUUAUCGACAUUAUAUCAGAAUGUGGGCACAGGAAAGAGAGCCUAAAUUGCAGAAUAUCAAAGAUUUACCUAAACUGAAUCAGGAGCAAUUUAUUGAGCUAUGUAGAACUUUGUACAACAUGUUCAGUGAAGAUGCAAAUGAGCAAGAAUUGUACCAUUCUACUGCAGCUGUAACUAGUUUACUUUUAGAGAUUGGAGAAGUAGGAAAACAGUUCAUCAGUCAGACACUUGAAGAACCAGGCGGCAGUCAUGACAGUAAAAGCAGAAUACACCCGAGGAGGGAAAACCAACAUUAUGGACAAGGAGGUUCUUUCUGUGCUGUCCUUGAGGGGAUGGAUGAUGAAAAAGUGUCUUCCAGUGAAAUGCAAGAAAUUAAACUGGAUGAUAAUUCACCAAAAGAAAAUGGUAUUUCUUCAGCAAUGUUAAUUUCAGAUGAUGAAACUAAAGACGAUACUUCCAUGUCCUCGUACUCUGUUCUAAGUGCUGGCUCUAAUGACGAUGAGAAGCUACAAUGUGAGGACAUCACGGAGGACACAGUACUUGUGCGUAAUAACAAUGAUAACCCUCUUCCCAGGAGUAAUAACAUAGACAAAGACUGGGCUAUCACCUUUGAGCAGUUUCUGGCUUCCCUUCUGACAGAGACCGCUUUGGUGAGAUACUUUGAGAGGGCUGGGCUGGUGAUGCCCAGGAUUACAAAUGCUAAGAAUGUCAGAAUGAUGGGGAAGCAGAUCACAUCAGUAAAUGACCUUGAGAUUGUUCCAAUCUCAGGAUAAGGUGGUUUCUGCUGUUUCAACAUAUUACAUCAAGUAAUGUUCCAUAACCACGUAGACCGAUGUGUACAGUAGUUACAGAAAAUUGUCUUAUGUACUGUAUCUUGUAUUGUAAAUUAUAAGAUGAAUUUUUCCUCUCCUAAACCCAUGUUUUGUUGCCAUUGGGCAUAAAACUUUAAUUUAUAAUGUAUAAAAAAUUGGAGCACCUGCACUUUUCCUCCAUGCUGCUUUUUAAACCAGAGGGAUUGUUUUUGUUUAUUAAUCAUUUGUGACCAGUGAUUCCUUGUAACUUUAUACUGUAUGUUGACCUGUGUCUUCUAAUGUUUCUGAAACCAUUCCUGAAAAUUUUCAUUUUUAUACUAGAGACCUGUUCUAAUAUGACUUGUUUUUUUCAAACUGAAAUUGCUAUUUUAAAUUGAUUUCUUUCCCAUGUUUUUAAAACAAUUCUUGGAUGUUGGCUUGACCUUUAACAUGAUAGGAACAAUAUACAGAAUAAAAUCAAAACGCCAG